AAACCACCAACAAAAUCUAAAGCUCUUUACUACUUCACACAAUCACUUUCAAUUCACCAUCAUGCACUUCUCCGCCAGCACCCUACUCCUCCCUCUCCUCACCGCUACCCCUCUCACCUCAGCCUGGAAGCUCCAAGUCUUCAUGAAUGAUGGCCGAUCCGUCACCACCAACGGCCGCCUCGAUUCCGGCUGCAAGACUUACGAGUUUAACAUGAACUCGCCCGUCAAACGUGCCUAUUUCGACAGCAGUCUUGGGUCCAGGACCUUUGAACUGUAUGCUCAGCGAAACUGCGGAGGUCUCAGCUACAGAAAUAAUGAGGGGACGCACGAUUUGAAUCCGCCGAGGAUCAUCAGGAGCUACAAGGUCCACUAGGAAACGAUGACUUGAUGAAGUUGAG